UCUGCGGGUAGAUCAGUGAUGUCAUAAUCUCUGAAAGAUCUGCUGUAUAUGAGCAGGACCCAUCUCUGUGUCAGCCAAAACACAACAGUUGUCUGGUCAACAACAUGUACAGCACAAGGAUGUGCCCAGCUGUUUCUCAGUCCUACCUAAUAGUUUUGCUCAUGUUUCUGUCCCAUAUUUGCUACAUAAGGUGUGAGCAGCCAGUAAACUGCAGGUGGGGAGCUUAUGGGGACUGGUCAGAGUGUGAUGGUUGUACCAAGACACAGGUUCGAACGCGUCCCAUAGAGAUAUUCCCUCAGUUUGGAGGCAGUUCUUGUACAGGGGAGGCCAUCCAAAGACAAACCUGUGUUCCGAAGAAAACCUGCCCCCUACAGGCAGGAUGUGGAAGCAGGUUUCGUUGCACAUCCGGUCAGUGCAUCCGUGACUCUCUGGUGUGUAACGGGGAUCAUGACUGUGAAGAUGGUUUAGAUGAAUGGCGCUGUAGUGGCACUUUAGUGUGUAAUGAGCACAAGCCACCGCCCAACUCUGACCUCACAGGAAGAGGGUUUGAUGUGUUGUCGGGUGAGCUGAGAGCUGGCGUCAUUAACACUCGUAGUUUUGGUGGACAGUGCAGAAAAGUCUUCAGUGGAGAUCAUAGAGAUUUCUACCGACUUCCACAGAGUCUACUCAGGUAUACCUUUCAGGUUGGUGUGGAAAAUGAUUUCAGCGAUGAGUACCAUGACAGUUCCUGGUCCUACAUGAGACAUGAAGAGGAUAGAAGGCGAAUUAGAGGUGGCCAUGAUCAUAAAACCUUUCAUAAGGAACUGAAGCAGGACAAGGCUUAUCACCUGCUGAUCAUAAAGAAUGAAGUAGAGGUUGCUCAGUUCCAGAACAAUGCUCCUGAGUAUCUGCCUUUAUCUGAAGACUUCUGGAAGGAUCUGUCUGCCCUGCCCAGCACGUAUGACCCAUCAGCCUAUCGAUUCUUUAUACAACGUUAUGGUACCCACUACAUGGCAGAGGGCUCUCUGGGCGGCCAGUAUCAGGCCCUGCUGGAGCUGGAUGCAAAUUCUAUGAGGGAGAUGAGUAAAACAGAAACAGAUUUCCACCAGUGUAUUACACGUGUGAAACGACGCCUCUUCUAUAAAAAGAGAACCACCAAGUGCGUGAAACUAAUGAACACAAUUGAGAGUCUAAGUGAAAACAGUAAUCAUCAGUUGCAAGUUAAAACAAACAUUAACGGAGGACAUACCACUUAUAUUGCUGGCCUCAGUCUCUUGGACUUGGAAAACCCUGACAAUAACAAACAGAUAUAUUCCAAAUGGGCAGGCUCAGUGAAAGAUUUCCCUAAAGUGCUAAAACAGAAGUUGCAGCCACUCUACGAAUUGGUUAAAGAAGUGCCAUGUGCGGGGCUGAAGAAACUUCACCUAAAGAGAGCGCUGGAGGCCUAUUUGGAGGAGCGGAGCCCCUGCCACUGCAGACCCUGCCAUAACAACGGCAUGCCAGUGCUUGCUGAGGGUGUGUGCACCUGUGUGUGCAGGCCAGGCACCAGUGGUAAUGCCUGUCAGGAUGGUCAUGUCCUUGGAGAACAACCAGGAGUUAUUGAAGGGGGUUGGAGUUGCUGGUCUGCCUGGAGUAGCUGCUCUCAAGGUCAGAAGUCAAGAACUCGUUCAUGUAAUAAUCCUGCUCCAAGAAAUGGAGGCAGGCAUUGCACGGGGGAGACUUUAGGGCACAAACACUGUGAGGAUCCUGAUCUUGAACACCUAAAAAUGAUGGAGCCCCACUGCUUCGAUCCCUCAGUAACACCAGUGAAGUCAUGUAAAACUCCACCUCCUUUGGCCAAUGGAUUUGUUUUGUAUCCAAAAGAUAUAAAUCCAGUGGGCAGCAAGAUUGAGUACUCCUGCACAGACGGAUAUGAUCACAUUGGGGAUCCAGUUGCUGAGUGUACAGAGAAACUCACUUGGAGGAUGCCUCCCAUGGAGUGUAAAAAAGCUGCAUGUGACCCUCCACCUUUUCUUAGUAAUGUCAUUGCCACACCCUCAAAACAAACUUAUCAGAUUGGGGAGAGCGUAUCCCUCUCAUGCCCAAGUGGGAUGCAGCGAGAAGGCGAUGCAAAAAUCAUGUGCCGUCUUGGCCUCCGCUGGUACCCAGCACCUGAGAGUGUUAGAUGCAAACCAGUGGAAACAGUGCCCACCCAACCAAGCCUGCUCUGCAAACCAUGGGAAAAACCAGGGAAGGAUCAGUGUGUUUGCAAAAUUCCAUAUGAAUGCAAGGCUUCAUUCCAAGUAUGUGCUUCAGUACGUCCUGGCCGGGUGAACAGAAUGAGCAUUUGCCAACUUGGGGCCUUGCAGUGUCUGGGCCAAAAGUUCUCUCUGCUACAAGACAGUGCAUGCAGUUGGCCAGAAACCACAUUCACAUCCUGUCAGGACUGCCAUGAAUGGGAAUCAUGUGAUGGGGUGAAAUGUGCAUGUAAAGAUCCCGAAGACUGCUCAGAUGACUCCAAUCACCUGUGUGUUUCUCUAAUGGGUGGUGCUCCUGAGAUGAUUUCAGAGUGUGAGGCAGGGGCUUGGAGAUGCAGAGGAAAACAGAUCACUGUACUUAGCAUUGGAGACUGUCAGACAUAAACACUUUAUAGUUUUUAUGAUAACAGUAUGAUUUGUGUGACUGUUUGUUGCAAUUGUAUGAUUUUUUUAUUUUAAGUAGUAAUUUGUAUGAUUUUUUUUUUUUUAUUGUAAGUAGUAAUAUGUAAUAUAAUAAAUUAAUGUGGUCAUUUAUAUUUUAAAUAAGUACAUAUUCAUUGUUGCAGUGGUUCUUAAACUGCUGUACAUGUACAAGUGGGGCUCAGUGCACCCAGCUACACAAGACUGAAAGGAAUAUUCCAGGUUCAAUACAUAUUAAGCUCAAUCGACAGCAUUUGUGGCAUGAUGUUUAUUACCACAAAAAAUAAUUUUGACCUUCUUUUCUUACAAACAAAUAAGCAAAAAUUGAGGUUACAGUGAGGCACUUACAAUAGAAAUGAAUGGGGGCCAGUUUUUAUAAAAGCACUUACAUUAAUUUUCUGUUAAAAAUCAUGUGAUAUUUGAGCUCUAAAGUUGUUUAAAUCAUAAUUUUUUACAGUAGUUAUAGGGUUGGUUGACAUUACAUCAUAAUGGCAACAAAGUUGUAAAACUGGCUAUAACAUUACACAGAGAGGGCAAGUAAGAGAUUUUAUCACACUAAAAUCAUGUUAACAAGCAUAUUGUUUAUGUUUUGUAUCUAUUCUUUUGAUACAGUGAGUAUUUUAACAUUUAUAAAUUGGCCCCAUUCACUUACAGUGAGUGCCUCUCUGUAACCAUAUUUGUGCUUUUUUUUUUUGUUUUGUUUUUUGCUUUUUUAAAGGAGGGACAAGUGAAAAAUAAUUUUUGUGGUAAUCAAUAUUAUGCCUCAAAUGCUGUCGAUUGAGCUUAACUUGUACUGAACCUGGAACAUUCCUUUUAAUUUACAUAACUUAAAAAUAACCAAAAUGCUGGAGCACCCUCUUUUCAGGAGUGGUGCUCGGAGAUGGGAAGGGUGGCGGCCUUUGAGGAGGGGUAAUUAGAAGAAUGGGGAAGCACAGCGUGUUCGUGGAGAAAUGGGGCGGGUAUAUGUCAUUUAUGGAUGGGUGAUUAUUAUUAUUAUAUAUUUUAUUUGUUUAUUUUAUUUUAUUUUGUAUUUUUUGUGCAUGUGUAUGUCUAUAUCAUUUGUGACCACUGGGAUGUUGUUGGUGGGAUUGGGUGGGGGAGGGGUAAAAGUGGGGGUUCAGAUUGAUUUUGUGUAUAUAUGUUUUGUUCUUCUGUGUUCAUUUAUGUGAAUCAAUAAAAAAUUGUUAAUCUGAAAAAAUAAAUAAAUAAAUAAAUAAAAAGCUUAAUUAAUGCAUCUAAGGUUUCAUCCAUCCAUCCAUCUUCUAUAGCCGAUCUGAGGUUUCAGAUAAAGGAUUUUGUAUUUUGUGAAAAAGGACUGUUUUAAUGAAUGUUUUCAGACAGGUUUCACGAACACUCCCCUAGUCUGUUAUUGGUCGAACAAACAGAUCGUCCAGCCCUAAACUCAUUCCAUUGAUUGUUUUGAUAGCGCCACAUAACCACAGUCUUUUUUGUCUCUGCAUAUUAAGCGAUAUAGAAGAAAGUAUUUUGACAUUUCAGAAUUACACACUUAAGCCUUAGAUGAAAAGAGAGCUUACAUAUAAGAAUACAUCUGGAAGUAAGAUUUUUAUUGUGCUGUUCCACAUCAAUAUCCAUCACAAUGUAGCUAAAAAAUAUAGAGUAUCAAGAAAGUGAACAAAGAAAUAACUGCAUUGUUGCUGCGAGUGAUUAAAAACAACAA